ACAUGCCUACGUGGAACAGUGGAAGUUAACUGGCAUAUAUAUAUAUUUGUGUGGAAAAGUAAUUUCACUUUCUGUCAAUUAGUGUAAUGGCUUUGUUGAUAUUUCUGUUGUGUCAAUAUUGAUUUUGAACAAUGAGUGACACGAUUCGAAAAGUGAAAAAUCCACUGCUUUCUGCAGCAGGACAAGGAAAUCCUUUUGAUAAUUUUGGGGAAAAUACAUUACUUAUGCCAGUAACGCCCACAACACCAGCUGUUUUGAGUGAUGAUUUAGUACCAGAAGCACCUUCUGGAACAAAUUUAACUAAUCCAUUACCGGCAACGAUAAAUACAACAGUGGAUUAUUCAUCUGGGAAUACAUCUUCUUUUCCAGAAGUACAAAAAACAUCAACACCCCAGGGACAAAAACAAAGUUAUUUUACUUCUAUUUUGUCAUCACUGCCAAAUUUAUCGUUGUCCUCAAUUACGGGAGAUAAUAAUAAACAGGAUCAUCAUCAAGAAGUUGAACAAGUUACACAACAUGUGGAUCCUUAUGGACAAAAUCCUUAUGGUCCUCUUGCUGGAUCAACAAAUUUUGUAGCUACAAAUCCAUACGAUUCUCGUUUGCCGACAUUCGAAUCAAAUCCUGUUGCUCCUCAACAAUUGCCACCACCUGCGACACUCCCUCCAAGUGGUGGCGCAGGAUCGUAUCGACUUGGCAGUCAAAAACGAUUGAAAUACGCACCACCUCCAGAUUUAACAUCGAAUACAUCAAAACAAUAUCCCGUGCCAUCGGCUCCAGUUUUUUCACCGCAAUUAAACACUCCACCCCCUCAAUUUUUCAAUCCAAACGCAUCUCUUUCAAAUGAAAUUUUAAAUUCCCCAUCAUCGCAAAUUAGCACAAGUGCUUCUUCGAAUCAAGAAAUUGCCAUUCAAAGUCCUUUCAGUAAUAGUCCCUCUGUAACACCCAUUAAUCCCGCGAGUUUUCAAACUUCAAUUAUUAAAAAUCCACCAAUUUAUUCUUCAAACGCUCCGCCGAAAAUUGGUGUAUUUUCUUCAGCACCUGAAGCAAUUCCUGCACGAAUUCCUGAACCUCUAACGCCACAGAAUACACCCGCAGGUACUAGUUUUUCCGGUUUUGUCGCCUAUGAUAAACAAUCGCCGUUCGUUUAUUCCGGAAGUGAGAUCACUUAUUCUUCACCUACUGCUUUCAAUACCAUAAACAUUGAACAGAAAAAAGAUUUCUCUUUUAAUUCUGAAAUUCAACAAAAUUCUUCUGUCACUGUAAAUGAUGAUAAAACAUUCACUCCAAUUUCUGCUGCGAAAGUCACUGAAAAAUUGGAGCAUUUAAUAGCUGAGCAAAAAGAGGAAUUAUCCACGCAAAAAUCAAGUGAUUUAUCAUCAGAAGUUUCUGAGAUUACAUCAAGAAUUUUAUUGGAAGAUAAAUUAACCGAUUGUAAAAGAGAUUUUACAAAUUUGACGAGUAACUUUGAUCAAAGUGGUAAAUCAUCAGAGAUUCUUACGGAAAUUGAUUUAAACGCACCAAUUUCGGAAGUUUCUCUUCAAGGACCUGAACAAAGUUUUAGCAAAGAUUCAGUAACGAAUUUAUCAACGGCUAGCUUUUUCUUGGAUAAUGAUCAACAUCAUUCAACGUUGAAUCAAUUACCUGUUGAUAAUUCAAAUCUCUAUAAUCCUUUAGCUUAUUCGAAUCAAGUUUCUUCACAAUUAAACAGUGUUGAUCAAAAUCUUUAUACUGGGAAUUCUUCAAUUUUGUCCAGCGUUUCGAAUGAUCCACUUGAACAGGUGCCUCAUUCAAGCUGUAAUGUAAAUCAAAAUUCACAGCAUACUGUUCUAAAUCCAAUUUACGGAGGUUCUGCUCAUACAGCUCCCACAUUUUAUAAUCCAAAUCAAUUUACAAAUCAAUUCAAUCAAACAGUGAAUGAUCCCUUUGCCAGUUUAUCGUUUCCUCAAUAUAAUGCCAAGAGUUUGAAUGAUAAUAAAACUCAUGUUGAUGUCACUUGUGGACAUUCGUUUUCGUCAUCAAUCAGUAAUCUUCCACAAUCGACAGGAACAGCGACACUCAAUCCCAUUCAAACAUCAGUGAAUCCUAUGAGUCGAGUGACGCAAGGCACUGUGCCACCGAGUCUAGAAAAUUUGGCUGCUGGACCAACAGAAAAACGAAUGCAGUACAGACCAGUAUACCACCAUUGGUUUUUCCGAAAGGAAGUCGAAUCCAAGGUUUUAUGGAUUCCAUUUUCUAUGCAUGACAGUUUGCAUCUAGAGGAAGUACAUAAUUCAAAUGAAAUCAGUCCGGAAACUAAGGUAGCAACCGACGGUGGUCGUUACGAUGUUGAUAUUUUGAGACGUGAAAGAACUCCAGUCUAUUGGCCAGGUUCAGCAACGGAAGUAAGAAGAUGUUCAUGGUUUUAUAAAGGAUCUUCCGAAUCGAGAUACACGCCUUACGAAGAAAGUGUAGCUGUAAAAUUUGAAGAAGAAUAUAAACAAGCGUGCAAUAACAGUUCUUGGAAUCGAAAAAUUGACUUAAACAAUGGAGAGUACAUUAUUUUUCACAGUCCCACAGUCCAAGUUCAUUAUUUGGAAACGACCUCACCGGAAAUGGCUGUUCCAGGUUCAGAGGACAGUACAUAUUUACAGGGAAGUAAUAAGAGGCCCAGGGUCGUGAAAAGAGGAGUCGAUGAGUUUCAUAUCGAGGAAGGUGAGCCAGAAAAAGUGGAUCAUCUAUUAUUUUUGGUACAUGGAAUUGGCAGUGUCUGUGAUUUAAAAUUCAGAUCUGUAGAGGAAGUUGUUGAUGAAUUCCGAAGUAUCUCCUUGCAAUUAGUUCAAUCACAUUAUCGAUCAGCAAGCGAUCAGGGUGUAGUAAAUAGAAUAGAAGUUUUGCCAAUAUCUUGGCAUGCAACAUUACAUUCAGAGGAUACUGGAAUCGAUAAAAAAUUACAGGCAAUCACAUUAACGAGUAUACCAAAACUUCGUCAUUUCACAAAUGACACGUUACUUGAUAUUCUCUUCUAUACGAGUCCUAUUUAUUGUCAAACUAUCAUGAGAGCCGUGGGCAGCGAGUUAAAUCGACUGUUCUCUCUGUUUAACGAAAGAAAUUCAAAUUUCGACGGAAACGUAUAUUUAGGAGGACAUUCACUUGGAAGUUUAAUUCUCUUUGAUCUUCUUUGUCAUCAAAAUCCACCUCCAGAGGAGAAACUUGACGAUAUUAAAGAAGAAACUGAGUGUGCCGGAUCCGAAGCAAUAGCUACUGUCAAGAAGAAUUUGAGCAGAAAAGUGAGUUACGUUAUGGGUGCGGCUGGUACCGGACAACCUUAUAUUCACUAUCCACAAUUGACAUUUCAUCCACAAGCCUUUUUUGCUCUCGGAAGUCCAAUUGGAAUGUUCGUGACUGUCAGAGGUAUCGAUACACUUGGCGAGGAUUUUACUUUGCCAACCUGCCCGGCAUUCUUCAACAUCUUUCAUCCCUUUGAUCCUGUUGCCUAUAGAGUUGAAUCUCUCAUCAACCCAGACGCACAUAAAUAUCGACCUAAACUCAUACCACAUCAUAAAGGCAGAAAACGAAUGCAUCUAGAGUUGAAAGAAACAAUGGCUCGAGUCGGUGCUGAUUUGAAACAAAAGUUUUUGGAUUCUGUUAAAAGUACUUGGAACUCGGUCUAUCAAUUGGCAAUGUUUCAUAAACCAGAUAAUCAGACUUUUGAGAAGGAAAUCGAUAAAGUUGUUGAAGAGCAAUUAAAUCAUUCACCAAGUGAACCUGAGGUGCCAAGCGAGGACGGUGGAGAUGAUAUGAAAGUAGGAAAUCUCAAUGGUGGUCGAAGAAUCGAUUAUGUACUUCAAGAAGCGCCUUUCGAGUACAUAAAUGAGUACAUAUUCGCACUGACGAGUCAUGUUUGCUAUUGGGAAUCAGAAGAUACGAUGCUGCUGAUGCUUAAAGAAAUAUACGGUUCAAUGGGCAUUCAGGCAGAUGCUCAAAUGCCGCAGAAUAUUACUAUUGAAAGAGUUUCCGCUCCAUCGACACCGGGACCAUCGAAUUUGUAUCAAAAUAAUUUAACGUCACCAUCUUCCUAUUUUGGUGUGGAUCCAACUGCGCCUAUAAGCAACAAAUCCGUCGGUCCUCCACCAAUAACGGGUUUUAUUCGGAAAUCGUGAUCGACACCAUCUCAAUUAAUGUAUCCGUCGAAAAGUUCAAAACAUUCCUAAUUGGCUAAGGAAAAAAUAUGCGGAUGACGGAAUUCGAUAAUCAAACGACUACAGAGUAAUAUAUGUAUAUUGGAAACGAGAUAAGUAUCAUAAGUUAAUAUUGUGAUAAUAUUGAAUUGAGUCAUUCAAAUAUAUUCAAAGUGAAACAUAUAUUAAAUAGACAAUUAAAUUAAAAAUUUUUAUUUGAACUAACCUAUAUCAAUGAAGUGAAAUUUUAUAUAAAUAAAAGUGAAAAAAUAUAUAGAUACAAACUGAAAAAUAUAAAUAUAUGAAUUAAAGAAUAUAAAUAUAUAUAUAUAUAUGAUAUAGCAAUUAUAAAUUUAUGCAAUAAAGACACAAAUAUCAAAUUGUGUGCGAGAGAAUGGGAAAGUGUGAAUUAAUAAAAAAGAAAAAAAAUUGUACAUAUUAACAAAAAAAUUUUAUCUGUACCAUGCUUCAAUAAUAUUAUGUUUUUUUUUAUAUAUAUAUAUAAUUGGCAUGUUGUACAUAAAAUAUUUUUUAAUAAAUCAUUGUAUUCUUGUAGAAGUCAAAAA